AUGUCAAAGUGUAGAUUCGCAACGUUGGAAGUGGCUUACUUGGGGCAUGUAAUUUCAGCAGAGGGGGUAAAGGCAGACCCAGAAAAGCUGCAAGCAGUGGAAGAUUGGCCAUUUCCUACUUCACUAAAGGCUCUAAGAGGGUUCCUGGGACUCACCGGGUACUAUAGGCAAUUUAUUAAAGGCUAUGGCAGCCUUGCAGCCCCUCUUACCAAUUUAUUAAAAAAGGACCAGUUUGUGUGGAGCGAAGAGGCUAAGGAGGCAUUCCAAAACUUAAAGAGGGCAGUUACUCAACCCCCGGUGUUGACCCUUCCAGAUUUUUUUCUACCCUUUACAAUAGAAGGUGAUGCGUCGGGAAGUGCCAUUGGGGCUGUUCUUAUGCAAAAAAAAAAGACCAAUAGCGUUCUACAAUAA